UAAAGCAAUGCUGUGCGCAAAAUGUAUGUAAAUAUUCAUGAGGACAUUAUAUUGUCGCUAGAACUGAAGAACGCUGAAGCAGUAAUAACGCUUUUUCUCUGAGAAAAAAAAACUGCGGUAAUUUGAUGAAAUAGUUUGAAUUGAUAUAAUUUUUAUAUAAGGAAAUUAAGAGUAAAGACAUAGCGUGUGUACAUUUGAAUUCAAAUACAAACUGCAUAUCAUUCUAUGUGGGACUUAACACCUGUCGGUUGAUGGAAUUUUUCACACAACUUCGUAUUAUCUCUUCAAGUCUUUAGGGACAUGUCCGCGUCCUUAUCUACAGAUCCUUAUUGUCUUAUUCGUUCGGAUUUUUUAAUGCGUCUUUGGAUCUUAAAGAAAGAGUUUGAAAAUUAUUUUAUAAAACAUCUGUGUUAAGACCCUGGGGUUGAUAUGAGUUCAAAAAUAGUGGCACUUUUUAUAUUGAUAGCAAUUCAAAAUGUAGAAUCACUAGAGUCUGAGAAAGACCAUUUCACGAACACUUGGGCGGCCCACAUCUUAGGAGGACCGGAAGUAGCUAAGCGCGUCGCAGAAGAACAUGGAUAUGAAGUAGUCAGAAAGUUACGAGCAUUCGAAGACCAUUAUGUAUUAAUACAUAACGACGUCCCUCACAGAUCCAAACGAAGCGCGGACGAACACACCCAGAAACUAGAAAAGGACCACAGGGUCAAAUGGGUAGAGCAACAAAUCGCUAAAUCACGGGCUAAACGAGAUGUGGCAAUAACUUUGAGGAGCAAGUCAGAAAAUAGAUUUAACGACGAUCUUUGGCCAAAAGAAUGGUAUCUCCUGGAUACACGUAACGGAAACGUGGAACUACCAAAGCUUGAUCUCAACGUAAUAAAAGUCUGGAACCAGGGUAUAACAGGAAAAGGCAUUGUCGUUACUGUACUUGAUGACGGCAUUGAACACAACCACACAGAUAUACACAGGAACUACGAUCCUAAAGCAAGUUGCGAUUUGAACGGCAAUGAUGAAGAUCCUUUCCCUAGAUACGACCCUACUAACGAGAACAAACACGGUACAAGAUGUGCAGGUGAGAUAGCAAUGGUUGAAAACAAUGGAUUCUGUGGUGUUGGAAUUGCAUACAAUGCCAAAAUAGGAGGUGUACGAAUGUUGGACGGAUCCGUUACCGAUGCACUGGAAGGGGAGGCAAUCGGUUUCAACCAUGAAUAUAUAGAUGUGUACAGUGCUAGUUGGGGACCAAAUGAUGAUGGAAAAACAGUAGAAGGUCCGGGGAAACUAGCUACAGAAGCAUUUGAAAGAGGAAUAACUCAAGGUCGUGGUGGCAAAGGUGUUAUCUACGCAUGGGCAUCUGGAAAUGGAGGUAGUCUUGGCGACAACUGUGAUUGUGACGGCUAUACCGGAAGUAUUUACACCAUGUCUAUCAGUAGUGCCUCUCAAAAACAACUUUCCCCGUGGUACGCAGAAAAGUGCGCUUCAACUUUAGCCACAGCCUAUUCUAGCGGUGCUUAUAACGACCAACGAAUAACUAGUGCAGACCUCCAUAAUACAUGUACGCAAGGACAUACCGGAACUUCCGCCGCUGCCCCUCUGGCUGCUGGGAUAUUUGCCCUCGUGUUGGAGGCUAACCCGAAUAUAACUUGGAGAGAUAUGCAACAUAUUGUAACAUGGACCGCAGAAUAUUCGUCAUUGAAGGACAAUGAAGGUUGGAAACAGAAUGGAGCGGGUUUUUGGAUAAAUUCCGCAUUCGGCUUCGGACUAUUAAAUGCUGCCGAAAUGGUAGCGUUGGCUAACCCGCUUACAUGGAAAACAGUUCCAGAGAAGUCCAUAUGUUCUGUUGUGACGUCAUAUAGCUCAAACUUACCUAUUAAUUUAAAAAGCAAACAAGAACUUUCAAUUCAGAUGACAUCUGAAGGCUGUGAAGGUCAACCAAACGAAGUCAACUAUCUGGAGCACGUGCAACUAGUGUUAACUAUGAGUUAUUCUAAACGUGGAGCACUCUCAGUGGACCUUACCUCCCCUACAGGUAACAAGACCAUGUUAUUGUCUGAAAGAAACAGCGAUGAAAACAGUGAUGGGUUUCAAAACUGGUCUUUCAUGUCGGUACAUAAUUGGGGAGAAAGUCCUCACGGAGUUUGGGAGCUUCUAAUCAGGGAUCGGGUAGGACAUAAUUAUGAAGGGGUCGUGAAGUCUGUGAAGCUAAUUCUACAUGGCACAAAAACACAACCAGAUCACGUGAUCAAAUCUAACGGUGUCCGUCAAUACAAUCACAACUAUAAUGAUGUAUAUGUGGAAAGAAAGUGUGGUGACGUAAUCAGUCCGUCUCUGCGGUGGGUAGGGAUAGAGUGCGAAAUGGACAAAUAUAUCCUUAAAAUGACCAACAUGUAG